UGAAUGUGGCGAUAAGGAACCUUUUUCUCUCGAACACAACACGGAGUUAACAUCGCGUCGUGUCACCGUGAGUGGGCGGAUCGAUAAACAAAACUUUUCCGUUCGCGGGAAUUGGUGCGAAGUCGAAGUUGAGAUAAGAGGCGGCCUGUCGUCGUAGAGCCCUCCAUUCCGGGCCCACAAACAGCUUAAAUCAAGAUAAACUCGCGCGCCUUCUUUGGAUCACACGGUGAAGCAGUAAAUACAUCAUCAUGAGAUUUCGCUUCUGCUGGGACGUGGACUGCCCCGACUGGCUCCUGGCCGAGAUCGCCGCCCUCGCCAAGAUGACCUCGGUGAAGCUGCGUCUGCUCGUGGGCCAGGUCGCCAAGGCCAUCCCGGGCCCGCCGCUCAGCUACGAGGUGGUGGAGAAGCUGACAAAAGAUGCCAAAUUGGAGAGCAGCGAGGCCAUGGCGGCGGUGGCGGCGGUGCGCUGGGUGCUGGAGCGCGCGGGCGGGGCGGGCGUGGGCGGCCCCGUGCUCGACUCGGAGCUGCAGCAACUCGGGCUGCCCAAGGAGCACGCGGCGGCGCUCACCAGGGUCUACUCUGAACACCAACCCCGCCUUCGCCAGGCCCUCAGGCAGGCCAGUCUCAAGGAGGGCGGUGAUCCCGAAUGGGCGUGCGACGUAGUGGGCGUGGACGUGGGCGGCCGGACCGAGGCGGUGGCACAGUUGACUCUCGACCGCCACGGGGAAGGAAGCAAGAUCGCUCUCUCGCCCGACCAGCUCCUCGUGCUCAUCCAUGAGCUGAGCGAAGCCAGGCAGAUAAUGGAGGCGAUUAGUUGAUCAGGAGGAAGCGGUGAAAAGGAAGAAAAGAAAAGGAAUGCGCAAGACAAGGAGGGCAAGAAUCAAGAGAAAGAUAGAAGUGAGAAAAAAUAAGAAAGAAGGAAAGAGCAUCGUAACGUGGGUCUCUUCCCGAAGCCUCGUCCUCGCAGCCGCCCUCCCACCAAUGCCUGAUUUGCGAAAGAGAUAUUCCAUGUUUCCAGUGUGGAGGAAGAAGGAUUUGUUAAUAAACAGAACUAAAUCAAUUCAUGUAAUUCAUCUUAAUAAAUCAACGGAUAGAUGUG